AGGUUCCGCCCACCAGCAUGAACUUGUUGACGACCAAGGCUCGAGCGUCAUCACACUCGCCGGGACCAACACCGGUGCAACCAUGCGAGCCGAGUUGAACGGGAAGACCACCAAGCUCGAGGAAGCGGGUGCGGACGAGAACGAGUCCUUGGCCUCCUACAUUAACAGCAACUUCCAAGCCAUCAACAACUCCAUAAUGUUCGGCGGCAGCUACACCGGCAACGACCCUGGUGUUCACAUGGACAUGUCUGAUUACUACGAAGAAGGGCAUAAGGCUGAGAAAGGAGCGGCUAAAGGCAAGAAAGUUGGGAAGGAUAACGCUGAGUCCGGUGGCUCUUGGUUUUCAAAGGAAUGAUUUU